CCAGCGCCGAGGGCCGAGCGAGUCGCGGCGGGCGGCGGGCCCCGCGCAGCCAUGGACUGGCUCAUGGGGAAGUCUAAGGCGAAGCCCAACGGGAAGAAGCCCGCGGCGGAGGAGAAGAAGCUGUACCUGGAGCCCGAGUACACCCAGUCCCGCAUCUCCGACUUCGCCUUCCGGGAGCUGGUGGUGCUGCCGCGCGAGAUCGACCUCAACGAGUGGCUGGCCAGCAACACCACCACGUUCUUCCACCACGUCAACCUGCAGUACAGCACGGUCUCCGAGUUCUGCACGGGGGAGGCCUGCCAGACCAUGGCCGUGGGCAACACACAGUACUACUGGUAUGACGAGCGGGGGAAGAAGGUCAAGUGCACUGCCCCCCAGUACGUCGACUUCGUCAUGAGCUCCGUGCAGAAGCUGGUGACCGACGAGGACGUGUUCCCCACAAAAUACGGCCGCGAGUUCCCCAACUCCUUCGAGGCCCUGGUGAAGCGCAUCUGCAGGUACCUGUUCCACGUGCUGGCGCACAUCUACUCCGCGCACUUCAAGGAGACGCUGGCGCUGGAGCUGCACCCGCACCUCAACACCCUCUACGUGCACUUCAUCCUCUUCGCCAGGGAGUUCAGCCUGCUCGACCCCAAAGAGACCGCCGUCAUGGACGACCUCACGGAGGCGCUGUGCCGGGGCGGGGGCCGUGCCGGGGACGGGACGGGGGGCGGGGGCGCGGGGGCACAGAACCACGUGAAGGAGAGGUGAGCCCGGCCGGCGUGCGCGUGCAGAGACGGUGCGG